CAAGGACGGAGAGGAGUAACAAGCCUUUAACUUCCAUUAAACAGCACAGAAAGCUGUGUUACCUGUUACCACUUUCUUAACUUAACAUCACUUUUUGCAUCAUCGUCAUCAUGCUUUCACUUCCCAUUUCCUCAUCCCUCUUAUCUUUGUUGCCACACAUGUUCAUUUAUUUGCCUUCACGCUGAAACAAGCUACAACAACACCUGUUUCAAACCAUAUCCAAAGGAAACAACUCCCAGUUUAAAAGAACAACAACAACACCUGUUUGGUUUGGUGGGUGGGUUUCAAGUUUUGCUUUUGUUCACCUUUUUCUGGGUUUGAUUGGCAAGGUAGAGACAAAGGACAAGGUAGGGCUGAUUGGUGGAAAGGUUAUGGCUUUUUGGUUUUGUUGCGGAAAAGUUUCCACUCGAAGGCGAGGGAAAGAACUACCAACAUGGCGGGUGUUUUCUUUGAAGGAAUUACACUCUGCCACAAAUAAUUUCAACUAUGAUAACAAGCUUGGAGAAGGGAGCUUCGGCAGUGCGUACUGGGGCCAACUUUGGGAUGGAUCGCAAAUUGCAGUGAAAAGAUUGAAAGUUUGGAGCAACAUAGCAGAGACGGAAUUUACCGUUGAACUUGAAAUAUUGGCAAGAAUACGACACAAGAAUCUUCUCAGUCUCCGUGGCUACUGUGCUGAAGGACAGGAACGGUUAAUUGUAUACGAAUAUAUGCAAAAUUUGAGCCUCCACUCUCAUCUUCAUGGACAUCACUCAUUCGAAUGCCUUCUUGAUUGGAAUCGGCGUAUGAAUAUUGCAAUUGGUUCUGCUGAAGGAAUUGUGUAUCUUCAUCACCAAGCAACACCGCAUAUCAUCCACAGGGAUAUUAAAGCAAGCAACGUGUUGCUGGAUUCUGAUUUCCGUGCUCGUGUUGCUGAUUUCGGGUUUGCUAAGUUGAUCCCUGACGGGGCAACGCAUGUGACUACAAAAGUUAAGGGUACCCUGGGCUACCUUGCACCAGAAUAUGCCAUGUUAGGAAAAGCAAAUGAGAGUUGUGAUGUCUACAGUUUUGGCAUUCUCCUUCUAGAACUUGCCAGUGGCAAGAGACCAAUUGAAAAGCUUAAUUCGACGGUGAGGCGAUCGAUAGUUGAUUGGGCAUUGCCUUUGGUUUGUGAGAAGAAAUUUAGUGAAAUUGCUGAUCCAAGACUGAAUGGGAACUAUGUGGAGGGAGAGCUUAAAAGGGUUGUUUUAGUUGCACUUAUGUGUGCUCAGGAUCUACCUGAGAAGAGACCGACCAUGCUUGACGUGGUAGAGCUACUGAAGGGAGAAUCUAAAGAUAAAUUUUAUCACAUAGAGAACAGUGAAAUGCUCAGAAGCCUUCUAGCUGUAGAAAGCAAUGAUGAGACAUCAGUGGCUGAAGAAGACAGUUUAGACUAUAUAUCAGAAGAAAAAGAAUUAGAACGUCCCUUGAAAGAGUAUACUUAAACUAUGAAUGAUACCAAAAAGAUAAAACUAUGAGCUUGAGGGGUUAAAUAUAGGUUGUGAAGGGUUUUUUUUUUCACUGGGUGCCCAUUUGUUAGAUUAACAUGGGUAUGUUUACUGCUGCGCGUGAUUGUAUGAGUGUUUGGGGUUGUCCCUUUGUGUAGUGUUUUAUUCCCCUUGUGUUGUGGUUACCAACUUGAUAUUUGCAUUGUGUUUGACCCCUGUUACUAUGCUAUUGCUAUUAAGUUUUGGCGAACUAUGCCAUAUUAGAAAUUAUAAAAUAUUUCUUCUAUUAUUUUCUUC